AUGACUUUCGCCAACCAGCACGGCACGAACUCUUCACACCACGGCGAAACAUCGCCAUUAUUGCCUUCCUCAAAUGGUCAUGAAAACGGGCACUCACCUCACACUUUUGCAGAUGGCAUCGCCCACGAAGGCGAAAGUGGCAGAUCUGGAUUCCACAUUCGACACUUCUUGCACUGCGUUUGGCGCUCCUCGAGCAACGUUUCGAAGGCGGUCAACAUUCUCUGGCCAUUCGUGAUCAUUGCGAUUGUGCUCAACUAUGCAACAGAAGCGCCACUCUGGAUCUUCGCGAUGAGCUAUAUCGGCAUGGUACCUGCCGCAAAUCUUCUCGGCUUCGCUGGCCAAGAGUUUGCAAGGAAGAUGCCGAAAGUCGCGGGCAUCUUGAUCGAGACGACUUUCGGGAGCGUUGUGGAGAUCAUCCUGUUCGUGGUGCUGAUUGUCAAGCACAAGACCAGCGAUGAAGCUGAGGGAGGUAAUGGUGAUGAGGGAAACCUGAUACCAAUAAUCCAGGCUGCUAUUCUUGGAUCGAUAUUGACCAACUUGCUACUUUGCCUCGGAAUCUGUUUCUUCGUUGGUGGCAUCAGACAGCACACGAAGAACCAAGAAUUCCACGGCGUUAUCUCAGAAGUUGGAAGUGGACUGCUAUUGGUGGCUGCCUUUGGACUUCUCAUCCCGAGUGCCUUCUACUCUGCUCUCAAGUCCGAGACUGUCGCGGCACUUCAGGAACACUUCACCAAAAGCAAGCUGCAAGAAGACAUCCUCUCUAUCAGUCGUUCCACGGCCGUAGUACUCAUCGUCGCAUAUGGCUUGUACCUGCUCUACAGUUGCCUGUCUGCUCACAGUAUCUUUGACGAAGUCAUAGAGCAAGAUGAGCAUCGCGAUGCAGACCGCGAGCAAGAUGAGAAGAAGAUGAAGCUUACGCUCACCGAGACCUUUGUUGCUCUGGUGAUCUCGAUUAUCUUUGUAGCUUGGCUCCUCAUCAUCCUGGUUGAGCAGCUGGAGGAAGUGGUGGAAAGUGGUGUGCCGGAUCAGUUCCUGGGUCUGAUCCUUCUGCCGCUGGUUGAAAAGGCGGCCGAGCACUUGACUGCCAUUGAUGAAGCAUGGGAUGGUGUCAUCAACGUUGCUCUCUAUCACUGCAUUGGCCCAUCGAUACAGACUGCUCUCUUCAAUGCGCCGCUGGUCGUGCUGAUUGCUUGGGCGCUCGGAAAGCCACUGGACCUCAACUUCGAGAUCUUCAUGAUCGCUUUACUGGUUUUGUCCAUACUGGUCGUUGGCAAUUUUCUUCGAGACCAAGAGUCGAAUUGGCUUGAAGGCGCACUUCUGGUGAUUGUGUACGUGAUCAUUGCGAUCGCGUCUUUCUACUACCCAGAUCCAGAUGUGGCGACAUCCAACGGCCUGGAAGAGCUUGUCACACAAAAUGUCACCAUCCCGGCGGAGCUUUACAAGCAGCUUCUAGACUUGCUGCCUGUGCAGUAG